CGUUAACUGGUCGCCAUAUUUCGGAUUACGAAGAAAAUUUGGACAACCAAAACAAACUCUAAGUUCGGAUACAAGGAUUGUGCCAAAAUUUAAACAGGAUGGGAAGACCAAGACGAAAGCUUAAGCUGACCAAAAAGGCUCAGGAGAGUGGUGAAGAGGGCCUCCUGAAGAUAAAAAUGCAGCCACAUAGAAAACGUGGCAUAAGAAUGAAGCUGAAGAAGGUUCCUAAGCAAGAACCCGACGAUGAAGACAUUGAUGAGGGGACUUCUUCUCCAGCUGAGGAUGAUCAAGAUGAGGAAGUUGUACCAAGAUCGUCGUACCGAAGCCCCAUGACUCCAGGGAAGCCACGUAAAGCGUACGUCACAUACAGUCAUGAAGACUUGCUCAAUGCAGUGAGAUGCAUCAAAGAAGAGGGCAUGUCUGUCUACAAAGCUGCAGAGCUGUAUGGAGUUCCAAAAUCCACAUUGCAUGACAAGGCAUGUGGGAAGUCCAACAUGCUGUUUCAGCGGAAGGGUCCAUCACCACUGCUGUCAUAUGAUGACGAAAAGAAACUAGUAGACUACCUCCUCCAGAUGUCAAACCUUGGCUACAUGUUCAGCAUUCAGGAACUUAGAAAUCUCGCUUCAGAGUUGGCCGUAGAGAAGGGCAAACUCUGUGAAGGGAUGCUGCUAUCACCUCGCUGGCAUAAGAGCUUCAGGACGAGAUGGCCGAUUCUGAAUGAGAAGGUGUUCGGGGAUUUUAGGACCUGUGAAAGAAAACAUAGAGAUGAACCAAGACGGAAGACUCUGGAGACGUUUGAGUUUGAAGAAGAUGGAGAACAGAUUCAGAUAUCAACAAUGGCCGAUGAGAUGGACAUUUGCCUCUCCAACUACUUUACAGAGCUCAGAGUCAUUCUUGAAAAGUAUGACUUGAUGGAUAGACCUGGGAGGAUCUACUGCAUUGAUGAGGUUGCCAUUCAGUAUGAGUCCGGUCACCCAAAAGCCAGACAGAUCAAAUCCUUGAAGACGUCAUUUCCCUCAAGAUCUGAAACCACGGUUGUUAGUCUGAUAGGCUGUGGAAACGCCCUUGGCAAUUCACUGCCACCUUUUCUAAUCUACCCAGGGUUUAAGUUGGACAGUGAUUUAAUGAAGGGUAAAUACCCAGGGGUACAAGGUGUCUGUACAGAAAAUGGCCUAACUGACUACUCAACAAUGAAACACUAUCUGGAAAAACACUUCAUAGAGCAUGCCAUGCUAGGCAUGAGGAGCAGAACGCCCCCAGUACUUGUUCUGUAUGAUGGCUCCAAGUCAAAGGUAAGUCCAGACACGAUCUCAUGGGCUAAAAGUCACAACAUCAUCCUGUUUGUGCUGCCUCCAAACUCAGUCAACUUGAAACACCCACUUGAGAAAGGCUGCUUCAGACAGUUCAAAGAUCACUUCAUCCGAGAGACAAGAAUAUUCCGAGAGAUGUACAACGUUGACUUCAUCUCAAGGAAGGCAAUAUGCAAGAUUGUUUCAGAGGCUUAUCCAGUGGCAAUGUCCUGUAAGAACUUGGUGGAAAUGUUUGGUGACAUUGGGAUUUUCCCGUACAAGCCCUCCAUUGUUCUGUGUGAUGAGUUGAGAACGGAGAGAUUCGACAGAAAGACACGAUACCACUCCAUCAAGAAACGACCUCCUGGCAUGAAGGAUAAAGGUGUUCAGAUUUGGAUCAAGGAUGAUAGCCAGCUGAAGCUGAUUAAGUCCGGCCGACGGCGGAUCAUUGUGCAGGAAGACCCUAAUGUGGAUGAUGUGGAUUCAACGGCCACCUUCCUACGCGACAAGAAGAUACAGAAGAUGUUGGAGGGAAAUGCCGGGCUGCGUGCCAAACAUGGGGGGGAGUCUGACUACUCUGACACCGAUGACUUCGAUGAUGAAGAAGAACAAAUGGUAGAGAUGGAGAUGGAGGAUCACAAUAUGAAUGGUGUUGGAGUAAGACGGACGUUUGCACAGCCUGCACAGAGCACUGAUGGUACAGAGUACGUCACCGAGUCCAUGGUUACAGAGGAAAAUACAUUUAAGAUGGACAACUCUCAUGCCUAUGCUUUACCAGGAAAUUCCGUGGCAGAGAGCAACAACAGUGGGACACAGACCCCGGGGCAAGGUGAAACAGAGCCUGACCCUAUGGAACAGACGCGCGUUGCCGUGCAAGCACUACAGGAUAUCGCUAACGACUACCAGUACGUCACGGCCUCCAGUCUCCCGAUGAACACCACCGUUCAAAACGUAACGCUCAACUCUGGGCGCAUGAUUCAGGUGGUUGUUCAAGCCCCUGCGGAUCAGGUGAUCGAGUCGGAACAAAUCAUAGAAUCCGUCGAGCAGAUCGAGAUUGAUAAUAGUGUUGAUUCGAUCAUACCAAUGUCGGUGGCCACAGAAAUUGUGGAAAGUGGUGAGACUAUUGUUCAGAACAGCUGAUAAAGAUCAAAUAUAUGUACAUGUGUAAAGUGUGAAACAAUAUGAAUGUCCGUAGUUUGUGUAAAUAAUGUACCGUGUGUAUAUGAAGUGAGUAUGUUCUUCGUUUCAAUAAUGAGAUUUUUUCUAGUUGAAUAAAUGAAAAACAGUGCAUUGUAAUGAAUGGCAGCUCUUCCAAUAGUUCAAUUCAAUCAGUUCACUUAAAUUAUUAUUAAACAAAAUGGUAAACUUUUUAUUGAAGAUGAUAAUAUGAAUUUAACCGGUUUCAGUUCUGCGAACAGUUAUACAUGUAUAUGCCAGAACAAGUGUUUCCUGGUGGUAUGGUUUUCUCUCAAUAAAAUAUAUUAUGAAAACAUUUGAUGUUUUCCGCCCCUUAUUGUUAUUGAGAGGGGUUUUAAGUGGAAUCAAUUGACCAGGAAACUGUACAAUUAAACCUUUAUUGUUCUUCAUUGAGAAAAAAUUUCUUUACAGGAUAGUUUCUGUAUCUCUUCUGGGAUUAUUUGAAAGUUCAUGAUCUAAAUACUUUCCUGUGUUAGUUAAUAAUAAAUAAAUUUUAAUGUUUGUACAUAACAAGUUUCAUGUUGAUAAAUUACAUGUUAAGAACUCGUUUAAAAUUUUAAUCAUGUGCUUUUUCAGGUUCUCCUUAGGUUGCUAAUUAAUUAUGUAAUCUUAUAUACAACUUCUCACUUGUACAAUGUAAAUAAACCCAAAAGUUCCUGUUUUCAUGUAGUCAUUAGGUUGAUUGUUCAGAACUUUAUUAAAGUUAACGACGUAAUUAAUGACAACGUUGUUAACAUUCAAAUCGUUACUGCCCUGGAAGUUUAAUGGAUACACCUGGGUUUGCAGUGUUCUUAACAAUGUUUGAGAUGACUGUUUUAGAUGAACUUGUUUUAUUUGAAUAUAUUCACACAUCAUGAAAAAGUUUGAGUUUAAACUUUAACAACGAUGUCGAUAUCACGUUGUUAACUUAAACUAAGUUCUAAACAAUCAGCCCAUUGUUAACUUUUAAUGUGAAUUAUUUGACAAUGUGCUCAAAUGCUUAAAUAUAAACAAGUGCGUGCUGUAACAGUUGUGUCUGAUCUAAUAUAGAGAACACAAGUGUAUCCAUUUAACUUCCAAAGCAGGAUUGUUAGCAACGACAACUUUAAUAAUGUUGUUUACUUUAUAACAUAGUUCUGAACAAUCGUCCCUCUUUCAGUCAAUGAUCAUUAUCAUGCAUCAUAGUUAGUGAUAUCUGGUAAAAUGUAAUUAGCAAACAAUGUUACAUAGGGCUGAUAGCUCAGAAAUUUGUUAAAGUUAACAACAUGAAUACUGAGAUCGUUGUUAACUUUUAAAUGUGAAAUAUUUGAGGAUGUUCUGAUAUUUAAAUAAAGUACAGCUAUAACAGUUGUCUCAAAUCUAUUUGCAAUACUGCAUACCACAAAUGUAUCCAUUCUCCUUCCAGAGCAGUCAAGAUUUAAAAGUUAACAACUAUGGCGUUAACAACGUUGUUAACUUAAACACAGUUCUGAACAAUCAGCCCAAUGAGUAAGGAAGAUUGCAACUAGUAAUUGUUCAAGUUAACAGUUGUGAAGGCUUACAACUUAUAUGUAUUGUAUCUUGAUGUUUGUGUUCAUCAAAUAAACAAAGCAAAUUA